GAUAUGGGUAAAACAAAUGUUCGCUAGCUUUGCUGGGGCUACGGGCGGACAGAAGGCGGGCAGCAGGCAUUCAGGCAGGCAAGCAAGCAGGCAGGCAGGCAGACGGGGAGGUCCUAACAUGCUCUCGGCAGCUGGGCGCAUUAUACCAUGUGACUGAAGACAUGUUAGCUAGCAGCCAUCAUCACUUCACCUACUUCACGUCGUCCUCGGUCGGAUGGUGGAAGGUAAGCCCGCCGACAUGCAACACACACAGCAUUCAACCAUGGACGUGUAGACGACUAACGACUGGAAGCUACUGUAACGCGGCUCUGUUUAACCCAUUCUUCUCGACACAAGGUAGACUGCACAAACACCUCGACGUUUGGCAACAAGUGACAGCAGAGAUUGAACCUGCAUUGGAUUGCAUGAGCACAGGAGACGAAGACCUGAGGUUGACUACUCCCCCAUUGGACCUUGAGGAGGGGGGAGGAGGAGGAAGAAGACAAGGCCACUUCCCUAAAUACCCGGAGUAUGGGGCAAAAAGUCCCAGGUGGCAUUAAAACAAUUGAUAUGCGCGAUCCAGCGUUCAGCCCCCUGAAGCUGGAGCUGCAGGCCUUGAGUCACACCAAGCCUUCUCGACUGGACCUGCUACUGGAUAUGCCGCCAGUAAGCACGGACAUUCAGGUCCAGCACUCGUGGAACAACGAUGACCGCUCGCUCAACAUCUUCGUCAAGGACGAUAACAAGUUGGUUUUCCACAGACACCCAGUGGCGCAGAGCACGGACGCCAUCCGGGGCCGUGUUGGUUAUACACGGGGACUGCAUGUGUGGGAAAUCAGCUGGGCGAUGCGCCAGAGGGGCACGCACGCCGUUGUUGGUGUGGCAACAGUUGACGCGCCGCUGCACUCCGUAGGCUACACUGCACUAGUGGGAAGCGACAGUGAGUCCUGGGGUUGGGACCUAUGCAGGAGUAAACUCUACCAUGACAGCAAGAAUCACUCAGGCAAAGCGUACCCCUGCUUCCUCGAGCCAGAAGACACUUUCAUAAUACCGGACUCCCUCUUAGUAGUUUUGGACAUGGAUGAAGGGACUUUGGGUUACAUAGUGGAUGGCCAUUACCUGGGCGUGGCGUUCAGAGGACUUAAAGGCAGGAAGCUAUACCCAGUGGUGAGCGCUGUGUGGGGACACUGUGAAAUACGUAUCCGGUACAUAAACGGACUUGAUCCUGAACCUCUUUCUCUGAUGGACCUAUGUCGGCGCUCUGUGAGGGUGGCACUAGGAAGAGAACGUCUAGGUGAAAUCCACCGGCUGCCCCUGCCGGCCUUUCUCAAGAACUACCUGCUCUACCAAUGACUGCACUGUCACGUUAGCGUAUGCUUUUUUUCUUGCUUCUCUGGGAUCCUUUGGUUGAACUCGUUUGACAACAUUUCCUUGAUCCUGUUGGACAGAUCCAAGCUCACUGAUGAUUUAGCAAGUAUGCUUAUCUGAUUAGCGACCGGACUCAUUUUUGAGUUUCUAAUUCUAUUUUAACGACUAUUUGCAAUUGUAUUCUAACUUCUUUUUUUUAAUUCAGGAAUUUCUGAGCUCUAUGCACAUACUGAUACAAAAUAUGCCCUUGCAGUCACAGUUUUGGUGCAACGAGUCACUUGUGGUCAGUAUCUCUGUUGACUUCAGCUAGCACUGUCUUUUUAAAAUUCGAUUGCAUUGGAUGGUGAAUCAUACAAUGUUCUGUGUUAUGUGACCACAAGAUGGCAGCACUUGUUGAAAAUGUUACACUGAAAGAAACGUUUUGUUUUUUUUAAAUGUGUUUUUAAGCAGAUCAGGAAACAGGCCUUAGGUAGUAACCACAUCAGUGAGACAGUAAUGUAGCGAGACUUUGAACUCCUGCAGCAGUAAAAGAUGUCUUGUACUCACACUUAAGACAUCUGACAGGAAAUAUGUCAGCAGGCUUGAAAUUGUAUGGAUGUCACUGUGAUUAUUUGUAGCAUGCAUUUGCAAGAAAUGUCCACGGUUGUAUCCAAUUGUUAUUGUUUUCUUUCUAUAGUGUCGUUUUACCCACAUUUUAAACAGGUUGACACAAAGUAGAAACCUGUGUAAGUGACUAGUACAUAUUAGGGCACAGUUGAUAGUUUUUGAAAAGUAUGGCAAAAUUUAUAAAACUGAUAGGGUUUUGCCAAAACAAACGGUAAAUCUUUAAUGUACCUCAUUCAAGGUCUAAGCAGAAAACAAUCCACUAAAGUGCUGCUCUGAUUCUAUAAUACUAGUAAAAAUAUUACGCUUCCAACAUUGUCAAAUGCCAUAUCUGUUAAAUUGAUAAAUGUGCAGCUGUGUUAUCCUCAGUUUGCAUGUGACAUACCUUUCUAUUCCUUUCUUUCUUGCCUUUUUUGCAUUUAAUAAUGUAGACUUGUUUGUAUCUAUUAAAGGUUAUUUCCAUUUA